AUGUUCUCCUCAUCACGAGAAGGGGUCUUCCCCGUUUCCUGGGCCUGGAAACGAAUGGUGCGAUUCGUCGUAAUUCUCCUCACCGUCGCAGUAUUUGCGACCAUCUUAUGGCCUUCCACCGUGGAAAGCGAUUUCCAUCAAUUGCACUCCAGCUCUAAUAUAACCAUUUCAACAAAUGUGAAAUGUGACCCCGACCUCGACAUCUUGCGCAAACUGGAUAUCUCCAAGUUGGCCCAAUACACCCGCCGCGAUAUGGUCAUCGACUUCGCCGAAAACUCCAUGGCCAUGACACAGGAUAUCGAUAUCCCCCUACUGGAUGUCGACCUACCACCACCCAGCACCGAUCCCGCAAUCGCCGCAGCGCAGGACGGCUGCUUGAUUCCGUUCCCUAUACCCGCCACGGUCCCGAGGCCCCCUAAGCCCGCGGACGCUUCCCACAUCGACUUCGGAGUCGCCACGACUGUAUCGCGAUUGAACGAGUCCCUCGAUCAAUUCGCUCACUGGGCCGGAUACUCGAACACACGAAUCUUUGCUCUGAUCGAACCGGAUGAGACGGUUGAUGGAAUUCAGCAAGUGCAGGUGAAAGCGGAGGCGUUGGGAGUCAACCUUUAUAUCACCGAAGCGGAUGACGAUUACCUGCAUCGGUAUUUCUCGCUGAUCCCCUUGCUGGAGGAGCACAAGCGCGAUACAACUAAGUGGGGAUGUAUCAUCGACGAUGACACAUUUUUCCCUUCAAUGCCUGCGCUGGUUGACGCACUCAACGGCUACGACCACACGAAAUCCCUGUACAUCGGUGCAGUCUCAGAGGGUAUUCCUCAGAUUGCGGUAUUCGGCAUGAUCGCGUUCGGAGGCGCAGGCGUCUUUCUGUCGCGUCCACUUCUCACCGAACUCACCGCCGUCUACGACGAAUGCGAGCAAAUGACUUUCACAGGUGACCGUCGCAUCGCCAACUGUAUUUACGGAUACACCAACACCCGAAUGACGUUGGAUCACCGACUCCACCAACUCGACCUGAUGAAGGAUGCCUCAGGCUUCUUCGAAGCCGGUCGUGAGCUCCCACUUUCCGUACACCACUGGAAAUCCUGGUUCCAAGCAGAUAUGCCCAAGCUCAGCGUCAUUUCUGAACUCUGCGGACCUACAUGUUUGCUCCGCCGAUUCAGGUUCAACGACGGCUGGAUGCUCACCAACGGCUUCUCAAUUGUCAAAUACGGCUAUCAAAUCGCUCCAGGCGAUCUCACCAUGGAAAUGACAUGGGAGCCCCAUAAUGGCGCUAACACCGAAUCAUACCUUCACGAGCUCGGUCCACUCCGUCUCAGAGAUGACGAGAAGAUCAGCUACCUUCUCGAAGACGCAGUUCUUCAACCAGAUGGCCGAGUAACACAGUGGUAUGUGCGCCGCGACUCCAAAAACGGAGAUGAGAUUAUUGAGCUCUCAUGGCGAAAACGGUCAUGA